AUAGAAUACAGUGAAUACUUUUUUCAAAAGAAACAUUGAUAAUUGAACAGAUAAUAAAUACAUAAAUAAAUGAGCCAUGUCCGGAUUAUAUUAUCGUCCAAGUACAAGUGAAUUAAACUCAGAAGCGAUGGAUCAAGAAGGAGAAGAUGAGAGUACAUUAGACAGCCUAUUGAAUGACGUCCCAAAUUAUAUGCAACCUGAUCCUAUGAAACCCGCAGUGAAACAAAAUAAAAAACAAGCCAAAGAUGAUUCAGUAAAUAUAAAGAAAAUUUCUUCUCGUUCUAAUGAUCAAAAAAAUCAUACAAAUAAUGUGCCAAAUCAACCACAGAAUGGUCAUGAUUUAAAUGAAAAUGAAAAUCAUUUAACCGAAAAGCAAUCCUCAUUUGAUAAACAUUCUAAAUAUUGGCCACAAUAUCUUAGCUCAGAUUAUUUAGGUCCAUUGGAUAGAAAUUUUGAACCAACCAAUUGGGAUUGGUUACGAUUGAAUGCAUUGGGAUGUGGUUGGGAAGAUGCACUGCGAGAUAUACCAGUUAGUCGUAAAGAAGCAUUAAGUUUACUUGUAAUUUUGAAGAAGAAAUUACUUCGUGCCGCUAGUGAAUUAACAUUUUACAAAGAACGUGUAACUAUUUUACAAGAUCAAAUCAUACAUCAGAAAAGGAAUGAAGAGAAAUUGAUUCGACUUGAAGCUGAAUUCAGAUCUCAAUCAUUGGAUUUAGAUAAACUUAGUAAAAAAGCUUCAAGAAUUCCAUUAUUGGAGAGAACAGUUAAACAACAAGAAGAACUUAUUUGUCGAUUGGAAACACUUCUUGAACGUCAAAGAAAACAAACAGUUAAUGCAAAUCUUUCAAAUUAUUCAGUUAAUCCAUUAAUUCCCCUAGAUAAUGGAUUAUUAGAUCAAUCACAUGACAACAAUACAUCAACAUUAAAUCAUCAAAAUGUCACUACAGAUAAUAAUGCAUUAACAACAGCGGCAUUAAGAAAUUUAUCCAAUGAAAAUGAACAUUUACGUCAUACAGUCACAGAAUUAAAUCGUACUGUACGUAAUUUAGCUAAACAACAACAAGAUAAUAAUGAAUAUCAUCAAAAUAUUGAACAAAAAUAUCAUGAAGAAAUUGAAGCAUUGAAAGAACAACAAACACGUUUAGAAGAACAAACAUUAAUGAAAAAUAAACGACUUGAUCAAAUUGAAAAUGAAAAAUUUCGAUCAGCACUUGCAGAUAAUGAACGAUUAGAGUUGUACAAAUUAUUGGACAAUGCUGAAUCAAGAAUUAAAACUCUAGAAGCAGAGCUUGAACGUCAAGAUUUUAGAGGAUCAAGAAAUCCAAAUGACAUGGGAGCUUUACGUAAAUCAAAUUCAUCAAAAGAUCUUUCUUGGAAAUAUUCUGGUCCAUCUAAAGUACCACUUGGAACAAGUGAUAUCUAUGCACGAAAACCUCUAGAGAAGUCGAUUCCAGAAUAUGAACCGUACUAGGGGCAUUAUUGAUUUAAAGAAAAUCAUUUUCAAUUUUUCAAAUUCACUUUUUCCAUUGACUAAAUCUACUCAAUCUUUCCAUAAUAUUCAAUUGAAGUAAAGAACAAUCUCAUCUUCUUCAACAUCGUCAUUAACAAUAUAAAACGAAUGUAAAUACAAACAAAUCAACAACGCUUUCGCCUUAUCAGUGUGAAUCUCUCUCUCUCUCA